AUGGAAAUAAAGAUGAGAAGCUGGUGGUGGGUUAAGGAGAAGAAGAAGCAGAUGGCUUUGGUGUUCAUAACAGUAAUGAUGAUUCUCCAAUUCCAAAUGAAAGGAUGUGUAGGCUGUGUGGAAACUGAACGGAUGGGUUUGUUGCAGCUCAAGUCGUAUCUCAACUCUUUUAGUAGUUACAAAGAUGAAAAUAUUCUCAAGUCAUGGAUUGAUGAUGAUCCUACAAGUGAUUGCUGCAAUUGGGAGAGCAUAAAGUGCAGUGAUGCUAUUGGUGGCCACAUCGUCGACCUCUCACUUAGUUUACUCACGUCCCUCAGCUUGGAUCAAACUUGUGGUUUAAAUCUUUCUUUGCUCCAUACCUUCCCUCAACUCAAAACCCUUGACUUGUCAUUGAAUGAUUUCAGUCACUUGUUUGAUCCCAUCCAUGGUUAUAAGAGCUUUCAGAGACUCCAGAACUUGGAGUUCCUUGAUUUGUCUUAUAAUAAAUUCAACUACAGUUUAAAUAAUUUCAGGGAAUUGGAAGAAUUGGAUCUAAGUUUGAAUAGUCUACACGACUUCGAGGCUGGUGACGGGUUAAGAAAAACGAAGCUGAAAAAGUUAGAUCUUAGCAGUAACAUAUUCUCAAACACUUCUCGACUUAAAGGUAUAGAACAUUUUGUAGAGUUAGAAGUCUUGAGCUUGGCAUUCAACCAGUUUAACCCCAUCCAAUCUAUUCAAGGGUUAAGAAAAAUAAAGCUGAAAGAAUUAGAUCUUAGACACAACGAAUUCUCAGACAUUGCCGGACUUAAAGUACUCAAAGAUAUGCCAAAGUUGCAAGAACUUGAUCUAAGCGGCAAUGAUUUCACCGACUUAGACAGCCUAGGUUUAGUGUUUCCAUCCUCUUUACAAGUAUUGGAUCUUCAAAAUAAUCAAUUGUCGUCGGCCCACAAAGGCUACUCAAAGCUUUGCGGGUUGAUGAAUCUCCAAAAGCUGGAUUUAAAAAACAAUGCUUUGACAAGUAUGCCUAAUUGUCUGGGUAACUUAAGUCGCCUUCGAACUCUUGAUCUAUCGAACAACCAAUUGAACGGAAACCUAUCUUCAUUUGUGUCUGGUCUACCAUCAGCUCUUGAGUACUUGUUCCUUAUUGAUAAUAACUUCAAUGGUUCAUUCUUGUUCAACUCACUGGUCAAUCAAACAAGGCUCACAAUACUCACAUUGUCAUCAAAAGUUGGUUUGAUCCAAACUCAGGCUGAGAGCUCGUGGGUUCCACUAUUUCAGUUGAAGAUACUGAAGUUACAGAACUUCAUUCUUGGCAGCACGAUUCCUGGCUUUCUUUUUCACCAGCAUGACUUGUACUAUGUCGAUCUUUCACAUAACAAGUUGACCGGACCAUUUCCGACUUGGCUUGUGCAGAAUAACCCAAGAUUGGAGGCAAUUCUUCUGAAUAACAAUAGGUUGACAGAGCUUCAGCUACCUAGGCUUGUUCAUGGCUUAAUAUCUCUCGAUAUCUCGAGUAAUAUGAUAAAUGAUUCAAUUCAAGAAGAUAUAGGGGUGGUAUUUCCAACGCUGAGGUUUAUGAAUGUUUCUUCAAAUCAUUUUCAUGGAACCAUUCCAUAUCUUAUGGGAGAGAUGAAAACUCUAGCAUCAUUGGAUAUGUCUUCUAACGGUUUAUCAGGGCAGCUACCUAAAACAUUUUUGAGUGGCUGCUACUCAUUGGAAUUUCUAAGGCUCUCCAACAACCAAUUCCAAGCUGAGUCAUUAGAAGUUCUUGAUUUGCGGAACAACAAUUUUUCUGGAAAGAUUCUGAACACUAUGAGCAAGAUGUCUCGCUUACGUGUUCUUCUUCUGCGAAAUAACAACUUACAAAGUCAUAUUCCUGAGAAAAUAUGUCAGCUGAGUGAAGUUGGUCUCCUGGAUUUAUCUCACAAUAAAUUUAGUGGUGCUAUACCAUCAUGUUUGGGUAACAUGUCUUUUGGUACCGAAAGAGAUGACGAUAGAAUGCAAUGGGAAACCAAAUUUAUUGGAACAGGCAUUCAAUUUUUGCAAAAUUGGAGUUACAUACCAGCUAUUAACCCCGCUACCAACGAUGAAGGGCGUGGUAUUAUUUUCACAAUAGGAACCGUUGUGGAUUUUUUAACGAAAAACAGAUAUGAAGCAUAUCAAGGUGAUAUUAUUCAGUAUAUGUAUGGUCUGGAUUUGUCGAGUAACCGAUUAUCUGGUGAAAUUCCAGUUGAGAUUGGAAAUCUGGUGAACAUACGAUGUUUGAAUUUUUCAAGCAACCGUCUCACAGGCUCCAUACCAUAUAACAUUUCAAAGCUCAAGAACUUGGAGAGUUUGGAUCUAUCCAACAAUAAGCUCUAUGGAAAAAUCCCUCCUGUGCUGACUGACCUCAACAGUUUAGGAUACUUCAAUGUCUCAUGCAACAAUUUCUCCGGUGAAAUCCCUUUCAAAGGCCAUCUUGUAACCUUUGAUAAUAGGAGUUACAUAGGUAAUGCUCAUCUAUGUGGACUUCCUACAAAUAUCAGUUGCAACCCCACAAAAAAUCCAGAGGCAAAUGCAUUAACACAUUCCAAUGAGGAAGAAGAUGAUGUGAUGAUAGACAUGGAGUGGUUUUAUUGGACUUGUGGUGCAGUCUACAUCUCCACAUCCUUGGCCUUGUUAGCCUUCCUCUGCAUAGACUCACGUUGGUAUCAAGAAUGGUUUUAUCAUGUAGAUCUUUUCAUCCAUCAUCUUCAGCGCUACAAACGUUUUGCUUUCGGCAACUGA